CCCAUGAUGUGAUCUCCAUCUUUCUCCUCUCCAAUAAUAUCUUUCAUCCCUCUCCUCCAAAAAAAAAAAAAAAAAAAGACAAUAAAUUCCAGAAGAACUCAUUUGCAUCGAUCAUCGAUGUCAGGUGAGAAAGGAAAAGGAUCAGGAGAAGGAUCAUCACGAUCUGCUGCUGCACUUGUUGAUGAUGAAAAUAAUCAGCGUCAGCAGGUGCAGCAACCUGCUCAAUUGAGCCGAUAUGAGUCACAAAAAAGGCGAGACUGGAACACCUUUGGGCAGUACUUGAAGAAUCAAAGGCCUCCGGUACCCAUGUCUCACUGCAACUACAACCACAUACUCGAUUUCCUUCGCUACCUCGAUCAGUUUGGGAAGACUAAAGUGCACUUACAAGGGUGUGUGUACUUUGGGCAGCCUGAGCCACCGGGUCCUUGCGCUUGCCCACUUAGGCAAGCUUGGGGAAGCCUUGAUGCCCUAAUCGGUAGGCUUAGAGCUGCCUAUGAAGAGAAUGGUGGCUUACCGGAGUCUAAUCCUUUUGCAAGUGGAGCUAUACGCAUUUACUUGCGUGAGGUGAGGGAUUCUCAAGCAAAGGCUCGGGGAAUCCCUUACAAGAAAAAGAAGAAGAAGAAGAUUCAAAUGAAUGCCUACAACGACGCCUCAAACCCUCAGAUGCAGUUAUCUUGAUUGCUUUCAGCUUCUCAACAGAAUGGCCCCAUAUGAUUUUCGGAUCUGGCAAUCUUUCAGUAUGUUUUGGAGCUCUAUCGUAUCGGAUAUUGUGGUGAUCCAACGAUUUAAGUUUAAAGUUGAAGCAAAAUGACGUUUUAAGUUGUGUGUGGUUUAAAAAAUAGUACGUGGUAUUUUGAUGUCAUUUUACUUCAAUUUUAAACUUAAGUGGUUAUAUUAUGAACUUUGUUUACAUGUCUUGUUGUGGUAAAAAAACGCAAUAGAGUCAUUGCAGAAAAGUGAUUCUCGUCCAAAUCAAGUACUUGAUAUUUCUUUUACUUCUUUCUCGCGAGAGAUAUAUAGCUCAAGAACUAUAUAUAUAUGAAUUGUAUAAAUGAGAGUUCAUGCAUGAAGUUGACAAAGAUAGAACCAAGAGUUAGAUGUGGUAUAUAUAUAUGC